ACUGAGUUUAGAGCUGUCACGUGAUUUGACCAAUGCAAAAAGCUGUCACAUGAUUUACAGUUUUGCAUCUCCAUGUGCGUGCGUGGUGUUGCUGUGCUCCUUUUAGAGAAAGUUACAUGCCAUGAAGUCUAACUUUCAGGAAGCCUUUCCACGGUAUCCAUAUUGCGUGGGAUCUCUGCGACGCACAAUCUGGUUCAUGUUCACCAGACAUGGAGUCCUUGCGAAGAUCCUUAUGUCUGCACUACUAGUUUUUGGGGUCACGUAUGCUACUGAUUUGGGCAAUAAGGAGUUGGCGCAAGGAGGCAUCUGGAUUGCUGUCCUUUUGGUAUCUCUUGUGUGCUGCUAUUACCUUACGAAGCUGGUUUAUAACUUUCAACUGAAGAUUCUCUUCAGGCAAUUUCAGCAUUGUGGUACUGUGCUAAUGCUUCAACUAAUGGCUGCAUUGUUUUCUCUGGGUAUACUCUCCACGUACAGCUUGUUGCAGCAAGCUAGCACAGUUAUGCAAAAUACUAAUACUGAGAGUUGGAUAUGGAAGGUGGUGCUAAAUUCUGCAGUGUUUGUUGGAGUAUUACAGAGAUUUCUGUCAACUAUAUUGAUAUGCAUUGGUCUACCAGUCGCUAAGCAAUGGCCCGUAUCGUCCCUGGAGUUCUAUAAAGACAGUUUCUACGUUGUGGGUGUUGGAUUUCACAUUUUCCAUCUCCUCUGGCUUAUAAUUUUGGCUGUUUAUGUUGGUUAUGAGUUAUCACUGCCAUGCAAAUAUGAAGCCCGGCAACGAGGGAAGAAGGAAAUGGCUGGAACAAGAAGAAGCUACUUAUGCUACCCCCCAAAAUCACAAGUUGUUACAGGUUUGUCACCUGGGCAUUAUGCACUUAAAUACAAAGGAUUCCAAUCUGAUCGAGAGGAUAAAGAACUGAAAUGUCGGAUUAGAACCAAUGCUAUGGCACAUGAGCAGUUCAGAAUAGUUUUUUCUCAAUUGGACUGAUGGGUAAACUCUGCAAAAAUCAAAAACUAAAAGGCAUCUCACCAUGUUUGCACAUAGUUGCAACUUGCUAUAAUUAUAUAUCAUUUUGUGACAUAGCAACAAAUUUUACUGCAUUGAGUAACAUUUUUUGGCUGUUUGGUGAAGAGUUUUCAGUGACUCCAUGUGUCAUGCCUGUAUUCUGCGUUGCAUAAUGACCCCAAGAAAGACAGUCAAUUAGCAGUAGAUUAGACAAUAAGAGGCACAACAACUCAUACCUGAAUAGUUGCUGCCAAUGAUAUAAAUGAAGUGCACUAAUUGCCUUCCCACGAAUCAUGGGGUUAAAACUUGGUAAUAAGCA